AUGAAAUGGGUUCUGCGACUUUUACUUUGCUCGAGUCUAUUCCUCCUCUUCCCAUUGUUUCUGCUGAAAACCCAUCUCGAGGAUCUCUGGGAUCAGUAUGGCACAGAACAAUACUUACUUGAUUGGUUGGACCUUGGCUGGUCACGUAAAGAGAUAAGGCCUUUUCCAGUCAGCCCCGGGGAAAAGGUCGUGGUGGUUGCAAAGCUGCAGGAGGAAAAUACCGAGUGGAUUGAGGAAGAACUGCCCGACUGGGAACGAGCUAUCUAUAUUGUCAAUCCAUCUCCAGCGAUCCUGGCCGACGACCAACAGCUCAAAACGCCCCUUAAUAAGGGUCAUGAGUCUAUGGCUUAUCUGACUUACCUAAUAGAGCAUUAUGAUAGGCUUCCAUCGACUAUUGUCUUUCUCCACGCGCACCGGUCGGGGUUUUUCAGGGCGUGGCAUGUUGACGCACCCUUGCAUGACAAUGCCUGGGCAGUGAGAUCAUUGAAGCUCGGGUUCGUCCAGAGGAAUGGAUAUGUUAACUUGAGAUGCAAUACAAACCCUGGAUGCAAGAAGGAUCAAUACCACAAUGCCCACAUCACGGAUGAAAUUUUCACAGAGAUCUUUGAAGGCACCAGCACACCACCCCGAAACCGGACGGACAUUGAGCCUGCAGAUGAUCAAAAGUUCCUUCCGAUUCCUGACAAGGUUGCAGUAGCAUGCUGUGCACAGUUCGCGGUCUCGCGGCAGCAGGUGCUCGAGAGACCGCGCGAAGAUUACGUCAAGAUACGACAGUGGGUUAUUGACACCGAUUUGGAUGAUGCUCACAGCGGUCGAGUCAUAGAGUUUCUUUGGCACAUAAUAUUUGGCAAGAAAUCUGUUUAUUGUCCGGACGAGGAGGUAUGCUAUUGCCAAGUGUUUGGGCAAUGCUGGAUAUGA